AUGGCGACGCCCUAUGUGACGGACGAGACCGGUGAGCGCGGGGGGGCCCCGCGGGCUGGGGGGGCUCCCGGACCCCCCCGGGGCUGCCCCGGGACCCCCGGGACCCCCCCCAAACCCGCGCGGGGCUCCCGGGGGCUGACGGACGAGACCGCUACGAGAACAAAUACCUACGAGAACAAAUACGUGAAAUUCUUCCGGAGCAAACCCGAACUGCCCCCGGGUUUAAACCCCGAGCCCACCCCCUCCCCACCGAGCCGAGGGACCCCCGGGCGGCCCGAGGGCUGCGACCCCUCCCCAACUUUAUCCAAAAGCGCCCGGAGGAACCUGAAACGCAAAGAGAAAAGGAAACAGCAGCAGGAAAAAGAUCGGGAAAACCACGGGGACGGACUGAGCCAGGCGCUGGAAAAAAUCGGGAUGGGAGGAGGAGGAGGAGGAGGAGGAGGAGGAGGAGGGGACAGGAACAGCGCCGGAGGAGGAGGAAGAGCAGGAGGAGGAGGAAGAACAGGGGACGGCCACAACGGAGGAGGAGGAGGAGGGACAGCGGGGGAGAAAAACGUGGAAAACCCUGGGAAUUCGGGCAAAAAUCCCGCCAAGAAUUCCGAGAAAAAUUCAUCAAAUUCCAACAAGAAUCCCGCCAAAAAUCCCCAGAAGAAUUCAGCGAAUCCCGGGGUUAAAAACGGGAAUAAUUCUGGGAGCGACAAUAAUUCGGGGAAUAAUUUAGGGAACGCUAAUUUGGGCAACGCUAAUUUGGGAAAUAAUAAUUUGGGGAGUAAUAAUUCGGGAAAUAAUAGUUUGGGGGGUAAUAAUUUGGGGGGUAAUGAUUUGGGGGGUAAUGAUUUGGGAGGUAAUGAUUUGGGAAGUAAUAAUUUAGGGAAUAAUAAUUUAGGGAAUAAUAAUUUAGGGAAUAAUAAUUUAGGGAAUAACUUAGGGAACAAUAACCCAGGAAGCAAUCCGGUGAAGAAUUCAAGCGGCAACACCGCGAAUGAUUCCGGCAGCGCCUGCGGGGUGAACGCCGGGAAUCCCGCGGGGGAUGAGCCAGGAGCGGAGCCGGGGGGCGGCGCGGGGGGCGCGGAGCGCGGGCGGCGCAUGAAGAGCCUGCGGAAGAAGCUGCGGCAGGUGGAGGAGCUGCGGCUGCGGCUGGAGCGCGGCGCGCUGCCCCGGCCCAGCCCCGAGCAGCUGCAGAAGCUGCGGCGGCGCCGCGAGCUCGAGGAGGAGCUGCGCGCGCUCGAGCUGGACUCGUGAGCGGGUGCGGGGGGCUUGGUUUUAA